AUGUCAACCCGUCUAACGGUGCCGUCGUCGAUUGUCGCCGUCGUCGUCUUUGCCGGCGGCAGCGGCAGGAAGUCUGCGGGCGAACUGCGCCACUCGAUGCUGGCCCGCGUCCCACCACCCGGCUAUGUGCCCAUGUUCCGGCGACCGGCGGGCGGUCCACCCGGGUUGGGGCGGGUUGGCGCCGACAAAAGUUAUGCCUGCCCGCAGCAGCAGGACCUGACGCAGCCGCAGCGGUCCUUGCCAAGUUCCGGCCCGGCGACACCGCUGAUGGAAGAUAGGGCCGUGGCGCUGGUGCUGCCGCCCCCCACCGACGACCUGCCGACGGACGGGACCAACCUUUCGACCAUCACCAAGAGAUACACCAUCACACUGGCGGACACGAGCCCACUGUCCAUCUCACUGACGGCGAGCUGCGCCAGGAAGGACCAACCGGCACCCCCACCGCCCAGCUGGUGGGUGCUCCAGGAAGAGCGCUAUGUGGCCGCCCCGUCCAACGGGAGCAGCUUCUUCCGGGCGUGCGCCCAGCGCGGUCUCUACCAGGUGGUGGUCAACGUGACGGGGCUGGACGGCGCCGCCGACGGGGGCUGCAGCUACCGACUAGCGUACAAUCGCAAGGGCGCCGAAGAGUUCCGCCGCUGGCCAUUCCGCAACCUGACCGCACCGUCCCGCAUCAAGGUGCAGCAGCAGCGGCGCCGCUACGUGGCGCUGAUCAAGUGGGAAAGGAGCAAGCUGGACAUUCACGCGAUGCGCUACUGCCUGGCGGUGAGCACGGGCCGCCGCCAGCGCUCCCUCUGCCAAGCCCUCGGGAACUCCAUCCUCCGGCCGGCCUGCGACUCGAUCACCGUCAACGACUAUCUGCAGCGGUUGGGGCCGCGGGACGAGCGCAAGCUGGACCCGGGCACGGAAACAACGCUCGUCUGCACCGGAACCCGCACGCGCCAGCUGAUCCGGGGCAUGAAGCCGAACGUGACGUACUACGUGGACGUGUUUGCGGUGCACUCACGCCACAACAACCUCUCGUUUCUGCUCGGCACGUCCCGGGUGCAGCUGAACCGGACCCGGCCGACGCAGCUGAUCGAGGGCAAGAUCGUCAUCGGCAAGCUGUCCACGCUCGGCGGGUUGGCGCUGUUCAGCUUCAAGGUGCCGAAGCGUUCGCCGAACAGCUUCUUCAAGCUUCACCUAACCCCGUGCGGCGGCUCGGUCAACGUGGAGAUCCUGAAGCGCCGGCACCACGUGAUGGAGCCCGUCGGGGACGUGUACUACCCGCGGACGAUCACCGUCGGGAACGUGCGGCCCGGCGACCGCUACCUGAUCCGGGUGUACGAGGGCGAUGACAGCUCGCGCAUGAACCGCAUCCAGCUGGCGGUCAGCUCCCGUGAGGACUUCCUCGACCUGCCCCGCAUGCCGGCCAACACGAGCGUCACCGAGCUGGUGCCGCUGCGCAAGUGCCAAUCGAGCACCGUCGCCUGGUUCGGCUCGCCGCAACCGGAGGUGACGUACUGCGUGUACGUGUUCAAGCUGUCCCGGGCGCAGUACUACAACAACGUGAAGAUCCCGACGUACUGCGAGCUGGAGAGCCGGGAAGUGUGCAAUCACCCUCAGUUCCACAACAAACACUGCUUCAACGGCCACGAGCACAACCCGCUCUCGCUCGACAUUCCCAACCUGCAGCCGGAACACUACUACUCCGUGUUCGUGACGGCCGUGCCCCCCCGUGGCCGCAGCCUGCCGUACAAAUCGGUCCGCAUCAAGACGGCUUCGUUCUGCCCGACCGACACCAACCAGAUCGUGGUCCGCAAGGGUGCCAGCGCCGGCAAGCGACGGCCGGCCGGUCGAACCGUAGCAAGGAACAGUCUCACCGGGGGCCCGCUGGCCAAGCGCUCCGGCCGGCGGAUUCCGACGGCGGCGGCAGAAUCACCAAAGCGUCCGCAGGUCUAGGGGCGCCGAUCCCUUAUCGAUCCUUGUGUGCAUGUGUAAAUAUUCGUGUGUUCGCUUCCUGCUCUCUCUCUCUCGCGCUCUCGCUGCCUCUUUCGCGUGGCCACCAAAAAAUUCACUAACACCCUUUAUAAGGGUUUC